ACGUCAAGAAAGGUGGGGACAUGAAGGCGCAGCUUACACUUGGCAGUCCACUGCCACUGCUUUACUAAGAUGGCUACCAUGUUAUCGCGGACUGUCUCACUCGUUGAAAAUCUUGCCCGAUUCAACGGGUCGAAGAUAUUAGGAUGCAAAACCAACUUAGUAAAGCAACCAGUAAGGAAUUUAAAUGUACACGAACACAUCAGUUACAGCCUGCUAAAUGAAGCUGGAGUGCCGACUCCUAAAUUUGGAGUCGCCAAAACUCCAGACGAAGCUGCAAAGCUUGCUGCCGACUUGAAAUCCAAAGACAUCGUUUUGAAGGCACAGGUUUUAGCCGGUGGCAGAGGAAAGGGUCAUUUUAAAGACAGCAACGUUAGUGGUGUAAAAAUGUGUGAAACGCCAGACGAAGCGAAGAAGUUAGCGAGUCAAAUGUUAGGUAAAUUGUUAAUUACUAAACAAACUGGUGAAGCGGGUAGGAUAUGCAACGCGGUAAUGGUAACACAGCGUAUGUUCCCUCGCAAAGAAUACUACCUUGCUGUCAUGAUGGAAAGAGCCUUUGGUGGUCCAGUCAUAAUAGCUUCGAGUCAAGGUGGUGUGAAUAUCGAAGAAGUUGCGGCAACAAAUCCUAGCGCUAUAAUGUACGAACCCAUUGAUAUCAACAAGGGAAUUACGAAACAGCAAGCAGAGCGUAUUGCUGUUUCACUUGGUCUACAAAAUAUGAAAGAUUACAUUUCAAAUAUAAUUAUGAAUUUGUAUAAACUGUUUUUAAAGAAAGAUGCUCUUUUAUUAGAAGUGAAUCCUCUUGCGGAAGAUAUUAAUGGAAACUAUUUCGCAUUGGACUGCAAGUGCAGAUUUGACGAUAAUGCAGAAUUUAGGCAAAAAGAAUUAUUCUCUUUGAGAGACUGGACCCAGGAAGAUCCUAAAGAGGUCGAAGCUGCUAAAUUUGAUUUGAAUUACAUUGCACUCGAUGGUAAUAUUGGUUGCAUGGUCAACGGAGCGGGGUUAGCCAUGGCUACCAUGGAUAUUAUAAAAUUGCAUGGAGGAGAACCAGCCAAUUUCUUGGACGUUGGUGGUGGUGCGUCUACUUCCGCUGUAAAGGAAGCAUUUAAAAUAAUUACAUCCGAUCCACGAGUUCAUGCUCUUUUGGUUAACAUAUUUGGUGGAAUCAUGAGAUGCGACGUUAUCGCAGAAGGAAUUAUAGCAGCGACUAAAGAACUUGACUUAAAAAUUCCUGUUGUUGUCCGAUUGCAGGGUACAAACGUAGAUGAAGCGAAAGCUCUAAUCGCGAACGCAGGUUUAAAAAUUGUUCCGAUCGAUGAUCUCGACGAAGCUGCCCGAGUCGCGGUUAAAUUGUCAACGAUCGUUAAGUUAGCACAAUCUGAAAAUCUUAGUGUUAACUUCGAAAUACCUUCAAUUUCAUAGAUUUAGUAAAAAUUGUAACUUACGCAUCAGGAAAAUUAUGAGAAUGUAUUCACGCAUUGUUAAAUAGCUGAAAUAACAUUUGAAAGUAAUAACUAACAUUCGUAAACUUCAAAUGUCAUUUCUGUGCUUAUCUCUUUAGAGUAUACAUCUCAGUGUUUUAAACAUUGCCGUGUCAAGUGAAAUAGAAAAAGACAUCGAAUAUUCUGGGCAAAUUUAUAUUUACCAAAAGGAUACACUUUGUUCUCAGUCUUGUAAAUUUAAAAUAUUAGAAAGAAAAUUAUGAGGUAAUUUGUUCGAAUUUGGUGUUGCUUCCUCUCCAACGUAAGCACAAAUUCUCUCCCGAGAAGUAUAUGCAAGCUUCUUGAAGGAUAUAAUUUAUUUGCUUACCCCUCGGCGGGUCUCUGUGAUUCAGUAUUAAAAUUAAGUUAUACAAUACAUAUUUAUCAACAUAGCUAUAUUUUUUGCACGAAAGUGUAUACAACAUUCUUUCGAAGCUUAUAUACGUGCUAACAAAAUACAUAGUUACUGUCCAAAGUGGAAUCUUUUGUAUAAUCAUCCACAAAGAAAACAGUUAUAUUUGAGGUAUGUGUCAUCUGAAAGAAAAUGGCCUGUAAAUGUAACAUAGAGACAUAUGUAGUUACAUGUAUACAUAUAUAUAUAAAUUAUUUUACGUAAUUUUUGUUUUUUAUCGUUUUCAUUAAUUGAAAAUAAUGUCCACGUUUUUCUUUUCCCUGAAACACAAUAUGAUUGCGAAAUGAUAAGAUUACACCGUACCGUUAGCAUUACAACAUAACAGGUUCAGCGAUGAUGAAAUAACUAUGAC